CUGUCCGUGAGGAUCCCACCAGAGCGCCUUAACGGUUGGCAGUUUCCAUGGAUUGUAACGCCCAGAAAGAAGAAAACAUCCCUUUUCCCAAUUUCACCCUCCCAACUGACCAAUUUCUCAUCAUCUCCAUCGCCUACUCACAGCACAAGCUAUGUCCCUGCAGGCAUUGGUCUCCCCAGUGCACGUGACUCUUCCUGUCUCACGUGCCAAGAUAACUUGGACCCAUCUCCGCCGUCCAUCAUUGCCAGCAUCCUUUCGAAUUUCCCGGCCGCCUCUGCCGCCACUUGUUCGGUCACUCCCCAUCUUGAGGAGCUGCACUGGACUGCCUUUUCUUGAUGUCAAAGGUGGCAAAGGAAUGAGUGGGUUUGUUGAAUUUGAGCUGAAGGUGCGUGAUUACGAGCUGGAUCAAUAUGGAGUUGUUAACAAUGCUGUUUAUGCGAGUUACUGUCAACAUGGUAAUCUUUUUGGUUUCCUUGCCAAUUUGGGUCGUCAUGAACUUUUGGAGAGGAUUGGUGUCAGUGCUGAUGCUGUUGCUCGCACUGGUGAUGCAUUGGCACUGUCAGAGUUGUCACUCAAAUUCCUUGCUCCUCUAAGAAGUGGAGACAGGUUUGUUGUCAGGGUGAGGAUCUCUGGCUCCUCUGCUGCUCGCUUAUACUUUGAUCACUUCAUCUUCAAACUGCCAAAUGAAGAGCCUAUUUUGGAAGCAAAAGCCACAGCAGUUUGGCUAGACAAAAAUUAUCGCCCUGUUCGUAUUCCAUCCGAGUUGAGAUCAAAAUUGGUUAAAUUUCUCAGAAAUGAGUCUAAUUAGUUUUAUCACCACUAGAAAUUGCAAAAUUUCCAUGCUUACUUGUUCUAAUCAUUUUUACUUGAAAAGAAGAC